ACACAUUCACUGUGGGCGUCAUCAUUCUUCAUUAUCUACUGAUUGAUCAUCAGCAUCGUAGCAAGUCGCCAAGCUUCCAAAAGAUAGAAAAAGUGGAUAUUUUGACGCUUUUCUAGUUUAAAUCCUAUAUUUUAUUAGCCAUAUUUACUUUAAAUCGAGAUGGCCCGUGGUCACCAGAAAAUCCAAUCCCAGCAGAAGGCGCAGGAAAAGGCAGCCAAGAUGAAAAAGCAACAGGGCCACGGGCUGAGUGACCAAAUGAAAGCCGCCCAGAAGGCACUCGUGUUUUCCUGCGCGGUUUGCAAGUCCCAAAUGCCCGAUCCGAAAACCUACAAGCAGCACUUUGAAAACAAACAUCCCAAAUCGGAACUGCCGGCCGAGCUGAAGGACAUUUAACCGGAACACCACGGCAUGAAGUCGGGGUGAACAUAAACAGUGAAGACGGUUGACAUACGACAGCUGAGCAGCGGGGGCCCACGGUGAUGAUCCGAAGGCGGAGAGAGAUACCGAGACAACACGACAAUGGAACAGAUGCUGAGCCGAGAUGAAUAAUUCCACAAGAUUUUUUCGCCUAAUUUUAUUUAAUCUCUAGUGUUUGCAAUAAUUUGUAUGUACUUGUAAAUAAUUCCAACCGAUAGAGUGUAGCAAGUUUUAGAACAAUAAUCUGAAACGAUAGCCUGAUACAUAUUUCAAAAUCACGAAUGAGUUUUUUGGUUGGAAGCAUUGAAAUUACUGUACAAUGAGUAUUCAAUAAAUUUUAUAUGUGAUUGCAAACAGA